AUGUGUGGUAUUUUUGGAUAUUGUAACUUCUUGGUAGAGAAAUCCAGAGGCGAUGUGAUCGACACGCUAGUGGAGGGGCUGCAGAGACUGGAGUAUAGAGGCUACGACUCGACUGGUAUUGCCAUCGACGGCGACGAGCCGGACUCUACGCUGAUCUACAAGCAAAUCGGGAAGGUCGCUGCGCUGGAAAAAGAGAUCAAGGAGAAGAAGCCGGACAGAGACGUGACCUUCGUGACGCACUGUGGUAUUGCACAUACGCGUUGGGCUACGCACGGAGAGCCUAAGGUCUCGAACUGUCACCCACACCGCUCUGACGCGCACAACGACUUCGUCGUCGUACACAAUGGUAUUAUCACCAACUUCCGCGAGCUGAAACAGCUCUUGACGAACAAGGGCUAUAAGUUCGAGUCUGACACCGAUACUGAAUGUAUUGCCAAACUAUUCAAGCACAUGUACGAUACGAACCUGCAGAACGGCUUGGAGCUCGACUUCCACGAGCUCACAAUGCAGGUCUUGCUCGAACUGGACGGCUCUUACGGGCUGCUGUGUCGCUCUGUGCACUACCCUAACGAGGUGAUAGCGACCAGAAAGGGGUCUCCCUUGCUGAUCGGUGUCAAGUCUGAGCGCAAGCUGAAAGUCGACUUUGUGGAUGUCGAGUUCCCAGACUCGGACGAUGCCCAACCUGACGUGCCAUUGAAUACCAUUCGUGGCGAACAACGCAACUUCCUACCAAUUGCCUCCAACGAGUCGGCUUUAAGACGCUCGCAAUCGAGAGCGUUUUUGUCCGAGGAUGGCGCGCCAAACCCGGUAGAGUUUUUCGUUUCCUCUGAUGCGUCAUCGGUAGUGAAGCACACCAAGAAAGUUUUGUUUUUGGAGGAUGACGAUAUUGCUCACAUCUACGAUGGUGAGUUGCACAUCCACAGAUCCAGACGUAAAAUGGGCGAAUCUGCCACCAGAUCUAUUCAAACUCUAGAAUUGGAACUUGCCCAAAUCAUGAGAGGUCCUUACAAGCAUUUCAUGCAAAAGGAAAUCUUUGAACAACCUGACUCUACCUUCAACACUAUGAGAGGUAGAUUAGACUUCGAAAACAAUAGUGUCAUGCUUGGCGGGCUGAGCUCGUGGCUUCCAGUUAUCAGAAGAGCCCGUAGGCUGAUUAUGAUUGCCUGUGGUACGUCUUAUCAUUCUUGUUUAGCUACACGAGCCAUCUUCGAGGAACUAUCUGAGAUUCCUGUUAGUGUCGAAUUAGCCUCUGAUUUCUUGGAUAGAAAAACUCCUGUUUUCAGAGAUGAUGUUAGCGUUUUUGUCUCGCAAAGUGGUGAAACUGCAGACACUAUGCUUGCUCUGAAAUACUGUUUGGAGAGAGGUGCUUUGUCAGUGGGUAUUGUAAACAGCGUAGGGUCUUCUAUUUCCAGAGUGACCCAUUGCGGUGUUCACAUUAACGCCGGUCCAGAGAUUGGUGUUGCGUCUACCAAAGCAUACACGUCUCAAUUCAUUGCACUGGUAAUGUUUGCAUUGUCAUUGUCUGAUGACAGAGUGUCUAAGAUCGAAAGAAGAAAGGAGAUCAUUCAAGGCUUAAGGAAAAUUCCAGAACAGAUAAAAACUGUUCUUAAAAUGGAACCUCUUAUUAAAAAACUCUGCGCAAAUGAUUUGAAAGACCAAAAAUCGCUAUUACUUUUGGGAAGAGGUUAUCAGUUUGCUUCUGCUCUGGAAGGGGCUUUGAAGAUUAAAGAAAUCUCGUACAUGCACUCCGAAGGUGUUCUCGCAGGUGAGCUGAAACAUGGUGUGUUGGCUUUAGUGGACGAGAAUUUGCCCAUCAUAGCUUUUGGUACCAGAGAUUCCCUUUUCCCUAAAGUUGUUUCUUCCAUUGAACAAGUUGUUGCAAGAAAGGGGCGCCCUAUCAUUAUUUGCAACGAAAAUGAUGAAGUUUGGACCGCAAAAGCUGCCAACACUAGUCUGGUAACCUUAGAAGUACCUUUGACUGUUGACUGUUUGCAAGGAUUACUUAACAUCGUUCCGUUGCAAUUGACCUCUUACUGGCUUGCCGUGAACAAAAACAUUGACGUGGAUUUCCCCAGAAAUCUUGCUAAAUCCGUUACCGUGGAGUGA